AAACCUAACCGCCGUUUAAACCUUCCGCUGACAUUGACCAUUAAACCUAAUCCUCGAGGGCACUGCUUACACACACAUUACCUUGAGAAUCAGAGGAAGCAACGAUCUGCUAAGUUCGGCUGCUUCAUCUAUGGCCGCUGUAAAGGAUUCGGGCUUCGAAGCCCUUGAGAAGCUUAAAUCAACUGAACCACCUGUUUUUCUAGCGCCGAGCUCGAUCUCAGAGGUGGCUCGUGCUGCGUCUCAGUAUCUCUUCACCAAGCUGAAGCCGCACAACCCUAAGUCUCCUUUCGACGAGCUCUUGGUUGAUGGUUUCGACGCGGAGCAGAUUUGGCAGCAGAUUGAUAUGCAGUCUCAGCCUUUGCUGUCAAGCUUGCGUCAUGAAGUCAAGCGGUUUGCUAAAAGCCCUAAAGAGAUUCGCAAAAUUGGAGAUUUGGCGGUCGAGGCUUCUCAUGAAGGGGAUGUCGAUGAGAUGGAUAUGGAUGAUGAUAAUGAUGUUGAGGAUGACGAUGAUGAGCUCGAAGCUGAUGAAAGCGAAGGAGAAGAGGAAGAGGAGGAUGGAGAAGAAGAAGAGGAAGAUGAAGAGGAGGAGGAGGAGGAGGAGGAGAAUGAAGGAAUAGAGGACAAGUUCUUCAAGAUAAAAGAUUUGGAGGAUUUCUUAGAGGAGGGUGAAGCUCAAGAGUAUGGGACGGACUACAAAAACAAGAAAGGAUUGUCAAAGGGAAAGAAUCAAAAUUUGAGUGAUGAUGAUGAUGAUUAUGAUGAGGAAGAAGAUGAAGAUGAAGAUGAGGAGGAUGAGGAGUUUGGUGCUUUUGCUGGUGAUGACAACGAAGACGCUGACAAUUUGGGAAAGGCGAGGUAUGAAGAUUUCUUUGGUGGUAAAAAGAAAGAGACAACAAGGACGAUGAAAGAUGUCAUUGAAGAUGAGGAAGCUGGAGAUGGAAGCCAGGGCACUGAAAAACUCUCUACCCAUGAGAAAGAACUGCUAAAGCUUCAAUCCAAGAUUGAACAGAUGGAGAAAGCAAACUUAGAUCCUAAACACUGGACUAUGCAGGGAGAGGUAACUGCUACAAAGAGGCCAAAGAAUAGUGCUUUAGAAGUUGAUUUAGAUUUUGAGCACAAUGCCAGGCCUCCUCCUGUAAUCACAGAAGAGGUCACAGCCUCACUUGAGGAUAUGAUCAAGAGCCGAAUCAUUGAGGCUCGUUUUGAUGAUGUUCAACGUGCGCCUAGCCUGCCCACUAAAUCCAAAAGAGAAGCCAAGGAAUUGGACGAUAGUAAAAGCAAGAAAGGUCUGGCCGAAGUUUACGAGGAAGAAUACGUGCAGAAAUUUAAUCCAGCCUUUGCUCCAGCUACUUUCUCUGAUGAACUAAAGAAAGAGGCAAGCAUGCUAUUCAAGAAACUAUGCCUGAAGUUGGAUGCUCUCUCCCACUUCCACUUUACACCUAAGCCAGUAAUAGAAGAAAUGUCUAUACAGACAAACGUCCCAGCCAUAGCAAUGGAAGAGGUUGCGCCAGUGGCAGUGUCAGAUGCAGCAAUGCUUGCUCCAGAGGAAAUAUUUGCGGGUACAGGCAAGAUUAAGGAUGAGUCAGAGCUUACACAGGAAGAGAGGAAGAGAAGGAGAGCUAAGAAGAAGAGAAAGUUCAAAGCUGAAUCUGCAAAUCAUCCGGUGAAGAAGGCGCGGGAUACUAAUACAGAGAUCCAUAACACCGUUGCAGGCAAUGACUAACUGGUGAAAGAU